AUGUUCCAUAAACAAAGAUUAUUGAUCACAGGAUGUGAUGCCCCCCUCCCCACUCCUCCAGACUCCCUAUCAACCCUCCCCCUCCCCACUCCUCCAGACUCCCUAUCAACCCUCCCCCUCCCCACUCCUCCAGACUGUCUAUCCCUCAUCCCCAACCCUCCAUCCUCCCUGUCCCUCACCCCAACCCCCCCAAUCCUCCAGACUCCCUGUCCCCUCCCAACUCUCCACUCCUUCAGAUUCCCUGUCCCUCAUCCCCAACCCCCCAAUCCUCCAGACUCCCUAUCCCUCAUCCCCAACCCCCCAAUCCUCAAGACUCUCUGUCCCCCAUCCCCAACCCCCAAUCCUCCAGACUCCCUGUCCCUCAUCCCCAGCCCCCCAACCCUCCAGACUCCCUGUCCCUCAUCCCCAACCCCCCAAUCCUCCAGACUCCCUAUCCCUCAUCCCCAAUCCUCCAGACUCCCUGUCCCUCAUCCCCAACCCCCAAUCCUCCAGACUCCCUGUCCCUCAUCCCCAACUUCCAAUCAUCUAGACUCUCUGUCCCUCAUCCCCAACCCCCAAUCCUCCAGACUCUCUGUCCCUCAUCCCCAACCCCCAAUCCUCCAGACUCCCUGUCCCUCAUCCCCAACCCCCAAUCCUCCAGACUCCCUGUCCCUCAUCCCCAGCCCCCCAACCCUCCAGACUCCCUGUCCCUCAUCCCCAGCCCCCAACCCUCCAGGCUCCCUGUCCAUCAUCCAAAACCCCCAAUCCUCCAGACUCUCUGUCCCUCAUCCAUAA